CAGCCUCAUAACUUCCUGCCAGCAGUGAAGCUGCAACUGGCCGCUGAAACUCUUCAACCAGCCAUGGAAUACCAUGAAUACUCCAUUACAGUAGAUUAUGAUGAUAAUUACACAAUUGUGUUUCCUACCAAUGUGACACCUGAGAUUCAACCGGUCCAGAUUGCAGCUCUGUUCUUCUACGGCCUCGUCAUCCUGCUGGGUGUCCCGGGUAAUGCCUUGGUGGUGUGGGUGACGGGCUUCUGCAUGCCCCGCUCCGUCACCUCCAUCUGGUUCCUCAACCUGGCUCUGAUCGACCUUCUGUGCUGCCUCUCCCUCCCCCUGCUCAUGGUCCCUCUGGCCCACGACGACCACUGGCACUUUGGUCCACUGGCCUGCACGCUGGUCAAAAGCCUGUUCCACCUGGUGCUGUACUGCAGCGUCCUGCAGCUGGUCCUGAUCAGCGUGGAUCGCUGGAUGCUGGUCAGCAGACCCGUCUGGUGUCAGAACAAAAGGCGACCCAAGCAAGCCGUCUGCUGGUGCGUAAUCGUCUGGUGCUUGGCCCUGGUGGGCAGCAUCCCCCAGUUCAUCUACACCAAGCAGAUCAAGGUAGGGGAUGACAAGCGGGAGUGCCUGACGGUGUACAGUUCACUCAGCGCCUGGCUGGUCACCUCCUACCGCUUCCUGGUGGGAUUCAUCAUCCCCUUCGUGGUGAUCGUGGCCUGCCACUUGGUGGUGUACAAGAGAGCAGAGGGCGGGAUGUCCAGAGCUCGGAACCGCUCCAAGCGCACCCUGCGCGUAAUCAUCGGGGUGGUGCUCAGCUUCUUCCUGUGCUGGCUCCCGCUGCACAUCGUGGACUUCCUCAUAUUAACUACGCCUAGGAAUUCCAGCCACAGCCCCAAACUUUACCUGGCACAUGUUUUAGCACUGAGCCUGGCUUAUUUCAACAGCUGCCUCAACCCGCUGCUCUACGUGUGUCUGGGUCGGGGCUUCAAGGAAAGCAUUUGUCGCUCCAUGCGCAACGUGCUGCAGUUCAUCAGCGAGGACCCGGCCACGAGGAUGAGCAUGACCACUAACGACACCAAGAGCUCCAGCAAUGGAAAGGAGACGAGCAAAAUCUGAUGCUGUGUUGACUCUGUUUGUCUUUAGAAUCAGCUUUUUUUUCUUUUUUUUUUUACACAAAUAAACUGGAACAAACUCAAACAUUUGAAGGGCCCUGCUGUUUUUGCAAGCUAUUGUGAAAUGCAAAGAUGUUAUCGUGACUGCAAAUCAGGAACUAUUUUUCUAAUCUGCAAUGUUUGCUGUGAAUACCCAUGUCUCAUGCAACAAUAACACUUAGUUCUUUUGCUCAUACACAAGGAUGAGCUCAGACUGUGUUUUCAAAGGCGUGUCUGUUGUAAAUGAUCUGAUCUUUGUAAAUGCUUGUUGUGAGUUAUUAUUCGAGUUUGUUGUUAUGGAUUAUAAUUUGUUCAUGUAAUACGUACCUGUAUAAGACACAGCCAUGUCCUCUUGCGUAACAGUAGCCUACCAUGUAUAGGUCACAAGAGGGAGCUACAGUCUAAAUCUCUGAUGCUCAAUGACCAAGGUGCAAGGAUAUGCACAUAGCUCCUGUGUGUAGUAGCAUGCCAGAACCUAAAGAAAGAAAAAUAAA